CUCCCAUCUAUACGUCCCACCAAAGUUACAGGCACAGCACUUGUAAAAUCACUCCCUGCUUCUCUCCCUCUCUCUCUCUCCCUCUCCAGGGAGAGAUUCAUCAGCAGCUGCAGCACAGCAGAAGCAGAGUAGCAGAACCCAAAAAGCUGCAAACACGUAAUAUGUCCUAUCCCUCUCCAGUCUGUUAACUAACGAUUUUUUUGCCCUCUCCCUAUUUUGGCCUCCCUUUACUCCCCAAUGCCAUUCACCCUCCAAAAACAAAACCGUUAGAUCUGUAACUGAGAGUAAACCAAACGCCUACAAGAUGAUCUCCUGGGGGGACCUGUACACCGUGUUGACGGCGGUCAUCCCUCUGUAUGUAGCGAUGAUUUUAGCCUACGGGUCCGUCCGGUGGUGGAAGAUCUUCUCCCCGGACCAGUGCUCCGGCAUCAACCGGUUCGUGGCCAUUUUCGCCGUCCCUCUCCUCUCCUUCCACUUCAUCUCCAGCAACAACCCCUACGCCAUGAACUUCCGCUUCAUCGCCGCCGACACUCUCCAGAAGAUCAUCAUGCUCGUCGUCCUCACCGUCUGGACCAACUUCACCAAGAACGGUAGCCUCGAGUGGAUGAUCACUAUCUUCUCUCUUUCCACCCUACCAAAUACACUAGUGAUGGGUAUCCCUCUACUCAAGGCCAUGUACGGCGACUACUCCGGGAGCCUCAUGGUCCAGGUGGUGGUCUUGCAGUGCAUCAUCUGGUACACCCUGCUGCUCUUCCUCUUCGAGUAUCGCGGCGCCAAGAUGCUGAUCAUGGAGCAGUUCCCUGAGACGGCAGCGUCGAUUGUGUCGUUCAAGGUCGACUCCGAUGUGGUCUCAUUGGACGGUCGCGAUUUUCUGGAGACCGACGCUGAAAUCGGCGAGGACGGGAAGCUCCACGUGACGGUGAGGAAGUCGAAUGCGUCGAGACGGUCCCUCGGGGGCUCGGCAUUGACGCCUCGGCCAUCGAAUCUCACCGGGGCCGAGAUAUACAGUUUGAGCUCCUCGAGGAACCCCACGCCGAGAGGCUCCAAUUUCAACAACUCCGACUUCUACUCCAUGAUGGGUUACCAGGGCUUCCCGGCAAGGCAUUCGAAUUUUGGUCCAUCGGACCUGUAUUCCGUGCAGUCCUCUAGGGGUCCAACUCCGAGACCGUCGAAUUUCGAAGAGAAUUGUGCACCCAUGCCCCAGAACGUUAACGUCUCUUCUCCUAGGUUCGGGUUUUAUCCGGCGCAGACUGUACCUCCGGCUUCUUACCCUGCGCCCAACCCAGAGUUCUCGUCCACUAUUACUAAGACGGCGAAGAAUCAGCAGCAGCAGCAGCAGCAGCAACAGCAACAGCAACAGCAGGCUCCUAAUAGCAAGGUGAACCAUGAUGCUAAGGAGCUACACAUGUUUGUGUGGAGCUCCAGCGCAUCACCUGUGUCCGAUGGGGGUGGGCUCCACGUAUUCGGCGGGACCGACUUCUGCGCGUCGGAACAAUCCGGACGGUCCGAUCAGGGGGCCAAGGAGAUCCGGAUGUUGGUUGCUGAUCACCCACAAAACGGGGAAAAUAAAGCAAUGGCGGAAAGUGAGGGAUUUGGUGGGGAAGACUUGAGCUUUGCUGGGAAGGGAGAUCUAGAAGGAGAGGGUGAUCGGGAUGAGAGAGAGAAGGAGGGCCCCACUGGACUCAACAAGCUGGGGUCCAGCUCCACGGCUGAGCUCCACCCGAAAUCCUCAAUCGGAGCUCCGGAGUCCGGUGGCGGAAAACAAAUGCCUCCAGCCAGUGUCAUGACCCGUCUCAUCUUAAUCAUGGUCUGGCGCAAGCUUAUCCGCAACCCCAACACCUAUUCCAGCCUCAUUGGCCUUGUUUGGUCCCUCAUCGCCUUUCGGUGGCAUCUGGCUAUGCCGAAGAUACUUUCGCAGUCGAUCUCCAUACUGUCCGAUGCCGGGCUUGGAAUGGCUAUGUUCAGCUUAGGUCUGUUUAUGGCUCUUCAACCCAAGAUAAUCGCGUGUGGGAACUCAAUCGCUUCUUUCGCUAUGGCCGUAAGAUUCCUCACUGGCCCGGCGGUUAUGGCCGCUGCCUCGAUUGCCGUUGGCGUGCGCGGUACCCUCCUCCAUAUAGCUAUUGUUCAGGCUGCACUUCCACAAGGAAUUGUUCCGUUUGUGUUCGCUAAAGAAUACAAUGUUCAUCCAGCCAUUCUUAGCACUGCGGUUAUCUUUGGAAUGUUAAUAGCACUACCAAUUACUCUAGUCUACUACAUCGUUCUGGGAUUGUGAAUUUAGAGUAGCAGCAGCCAAAAUGCAAAGAUUUAUAAGAAGAAGAUCGAGUUCUAAAUGUGUUUAUGCCAUACUUGAGAGAGUUGACCGCACCGGGAUAUGUUCCUGUUAACAUGAGGAUUUUCCGGCAGAAAUCGAUGAUAGUACGAAUUAAGAACUCGCCAAAAAGGUUCCAAAACUUUUGGAGCUAAAGAUAUUUGACUUAGUGAAUGCCCUGGCCUGAUAUGAGGAUCACCACCCGCAUGAAGGGCCAAAGUUGAUCUAAUUUUCAAAAAGUUUGAGAAGAACAAGGAGUAGUAGGGGGAAACAUUAAAGAGGAAAACAAAGGAAAGAAGGUUGUAGGUUGGUCAAAUAACAGGGAAGGCUGAAAAAAAAGGUGGUCAAUGACGUCUGAUUCCUCCGAUCCGGCCAUUACGUUGUGCAUGUAAAUUUUUAAAGUUUGAUUUUACAAAUCCCCUCUAGCAUUAAGAGAAAAGGUGAGAAAAAGUGGGCUAAUGAAUUGAGGGAAAAGAUCGAUCUGGAGGGAAUAUUUUUUAUUUUUUAUUUUUUUCUUUUAUUAGCUUUGGUUUUGAUUGUCCGUGGAUCUGCCAAUUAUCUGCGAUUGUCGUUUCUUAAUUUCUCGGUUUGUAGUUGAAUUAGGAUUUUUAUGAUCAAAAAGGGGUCAUUAACUAUAGUCAUUUUGUCAAUGGAAAGAUGCUUGUAUUUUGCGCCAAA